AAUAACAGGUAUUUGUUUCUGUCUCCAGGGAAGGAGCUGCUAGUCCCGCUAACCAGCUCUAUGUACGUCCCCGGGAAGCUCUCCGACGUUGGCCACGUGCUGGUAGACGUGGGGACAGGCUACUACGUAGAAAAGACAGCAGACAAUGCCCGAGAUUUCUUCAAAAGGAAGAUCGACUUCCUGACCAAACAGAUGGAGAAAAUUCAGCCGGCACUGCAGGAAAAACAUGCCAUGAAACAAGCCGUGAUGGAAAUGAUGAGUCAGAAGAUCCAGCAGCUCACGGCCAUGGGGGCUUCACAGGCUGCAGCCACGAAGGCGUAGCCGUUGGCAUCGGUCCCCCGGGCCCCGCACGCUGUGGCUUGACUGAGGCAUUUCGUUCGGUUACGAGCAGAGUCUUAAAAUCACCGAGGAAGCGGCUGGGGCCGAACCCCUCCCAGCCGGCGGGAGGCAUCUGCUCUUUGUGCUGGUGGCUGUUACGUGCGCGCAGUGUCUUAAAUGCAAACCUGGGGGAAACUCUUCCCCUUUUGUAUGUGGCAGGUGAGAUCAAUGUGCAAGAUAAAUUAAAGCCGUGCUGAACGGUA